UAAGGUGAGAAAAAUUAAUUUCUGAAAUAAAUUGAUGCAAAUAAUGUCUGUAUCGCGCAUGGGACUUGUUCGCUUUGUCUGAUACGGCAACUGUUAGUGACAAUAUUUGUUUUGGAAUAAUUCAGCAAUGAAACAUUAUUCAGCCGAAAAUUGACAAUUUUAAUCAUUCAGUAUAUUCGUCACUGCUACAUUCAAUGCCAGCACAAAAAGGCUGUCUGAUGGUCGACAUAAAUUGUUUGAAAAAAAUCUACUGAAAAGCUUUGUCUUCAGAUCUCACUUCAGUGUCAAGUGAAUCGACAUAGUUUACUUUGCUGUGAAUUAAGAACAAAAAAAAAGUUGUUACUGAACCGAGCCGAGACCCAAUUCUAUUUUGUGUCAUGACAUUAUCAAACAUUGUACUGUGCUCCAUGACCCGAAUGGAUACAGCCAAAUUGAAGAAAUUCCUUAAAGAGCAACGAUUAACAUUUGCAACGUUUCUCUCGGUAAUACUUGGAGUCGUAUGUGGUUGCAUUAUACGUGCAACAUCAUCCACCCAAUGGCACCAACGGGACAUUAUGUACCUGAACUUUAUCGGUGAAAUAUUCAUGCGUAUGCUAAAGUGUCUGAUAUUACCACUAAUGGCAUCGUCAAUUAUGACCGCAAUUGGAUCGCUGGACCUCAGCUUGUCCAAAAAAAUUGGUGUCCGAGCAGUUGCAUUCUACAUAACCACCACAUUUUUGUCCGUUGUGUUGGGAAUUAUUUUGACAGUGACUAUACAGCCUGGUGCAGAUCGGAGCGAUGCUUCAAAUAGAACAACCGAUGAAGAGGACAUGGCUCACCACAAACCACAUGUUUCGACGACAGUGGACACAUUGCUUGAUCUCAUUCGAAAUCUCUUUCCGCCAAAUAUAGUACAGGCCUGCACCAGACAGUUUCAGACAAAUCUUACGCAGCAACAGGGAAAUCCAAGUGAUGACAUCUUUACAUGGCAUAUAAGCAGUGAUAGCUAUAUCGAUGGUCUGAAUAUUAUGGGUGUAGUGGCCAUGUCUUGUGUCUUUGGCGUUGCGACCAGUGUAAUUCGAGAUAGUGUGCAAAAUCUGUCUGCAAUUAUCAGUCAAUUUGAUAAGGUGAUAAUGAAAGUAACGCAAUGGGUCAUUCUUCUAUCACCAGUUGGAAUAUUCUUUCUAACUAUGUCACAAAUAGUAAAAAUGGAGAAUUUAGCGGACAUUGCUGGAAAGCUUGGUCUAUACUUUCUGACCGUAACGGCUGGUCUUUCCAUUCAAGGACUCGUCGUUUUACCAAUAAUUUACUUUGCACUUACUAGAGCGAAUCCAUACAAAUUUUUUGGAGGCUUAAGCCAAGCACUCAUGACAGCGUUCGGAACUUCGUCCAGUUCAGCUACGUUGCCUGUAACCAUACAAUGCUUAGUUGAAAAAAAUGGGGUGGACUCAAAUCUGGCCAAAUUCAUGGUACCUAUAGGUGCAGUUAUCAAUAUGGACGGAACGGCCUUAUACGAAGCGGUUGCUGCUCUAUUUAUGGCACAAUAUUAUGGAGUCGAGCUGACAUUCGGGAAAAUUGUGGCUGUUAGUAUAACAGCCACAGCAGCGAGUAUAGGUGCAGCCGGCAUUCCCUCAGCAGGCUUAGUUACACUAAUUAUGGUAUUGGAGGCGGUCGGUGCUCCAACAGAUAAAAUUGGACUAAUUAUGUCGGUCGAUUGGCUUUUGGACAGGAUUCGAACCGUCGUCAAUGUAAUGGGAGAUUCAGUCGGUGCCGGUGUUGUGAUGCAUUUAUGCAGAAAUGAUCUGGAGAAACUGGAUGAAAAUUCGGCUGCAAUUGAAGAAAAAUUCCAGAAUACCCAUUGCUAAGAUGUUUUCGUAACUUAAGUUAGUUCGUAGCGAUGAUGUUCAGACAGCUUUAACGAUAUCAUCAAAUUUAUUGAGAAAUUAAAAAUUAACGAACUGAUAA